GACGGGAAGAACUCUUCUCGUCACCAGUGACCUUCACACUCCCAUCACCGCCGACAACGUGCCCUAAACGCCAUUGCAGAGCUGCUUAAGUCUGCCCAGAGGUUUAGAAUUCUCCACCCAUUCCCGAAACAAUGGCAUCUCCUAAAGAAGUCGCCGACGCGCACAAGACGAUAUUUGAAGAGGGCAUUAAGAUGCGAUAUGCCGUCGCCGGAAAGGAGUACGUCGACAAGGCGCUUGCGAAUGGCUCAUCCGAAUUCGCCAGGCCGAUGCAGGAGCUGGUCACAGAAGCAUGCUGGGGUUCUGUUUGGAGCCGGCCAGGGCUAGAGCGGAAGCAGCGAAGCCUGCUGAACAUUGCAAUGCUGUGCGCCCUGAAUCGCUCCGCCGAGCUCGCAGUGCACGUCAAAGGCGCUGUGAAUAAUGGCGCAUCCGAAGUGGAGAUCAGAGAGACAUUGUUGCAGGCGGCAAUUUAUUGCGGAAUGCCCGCUGGAAUUGAGGGCUUCAAGGUGGCAGAGAAGACGAUAAACGAGAUGAAGAGCGCGAAGUAACCGGUGUUGAUGGCGGAAAGCUUCGAUGAAAAGAAAUAGCAGCGCUCCAGACCAUUGGACUCUACAAGCAUAUAGAAGAACCGUCAACUAUCAAGUCCAAAACUAGC